GCUUCGGCCUCUUCCCUUCCGCCUACACCUGCACCUGCUUUUGAUUUGCUUCUGUCUCUUGUUCUCACCCUGCGAUCUGCGACCGAUCCAAUCCGAUCCGAUGGCUGUGGACAAGCAGCUUCGCACGCCGCUGGCGAUCGCUGCUGUUGUGGCGGCGGCUGUGCUUGCGUUUGUGAGCCCAUCCCAUGCCGUGGCUGUCGCCUGCCCGGGUGAUGGCUUUGGCAGCAACAUGACCCCGCAGACCGCCAAGGCCCUCGGCGUGCCCGCUGACGGCACCCCGUACACGUUCUCUGGCGUUGCGUGCCUCGAUAGCCCAGACUGGCUCUCCAUUGAGCUCUGCGCCGGCUGUGAAGCACACGUGGAUGUGCUCUUCUCGCACGCCGACGGCGACCUGGACGCCAUUCUGUACACCUCGAGCGCCACGCCCGCCGACACCAGCACCUCCGAAAGCGACAACGAGGAACUCGCCUACACCAACACCUCCCCUUCUGCAGGCAUGCACUUGCUGAACAUCCACUACUACAAGCCGUUGGACGGUUCUCCUGCAGAAGGCACGGGCAUCGUGGAGUAUGAGCUCAUCAUCACCAUCGUGCCCCCGGAAUCGACCCCAGCCGCUUCGUCAACCACAAGCAGCAGCAGUAGCAGCAGCAGCAGUAGCAGCAGCUCGACAUCCACGUCCACCUCCACGCCGCCGUCCUCAUCUUCGUCGACAACAAGUGCCACCACCACCACGGACGUUAGCUCGUGGUUCCCUUGCUUUGGCGACGACUACGAGCCCAACGACUCCUUUCAGGAAGCAUAUGUCCUGCCAAAUGCCACGUUCCAGGUGUUUGAAGCCGAGGCGUGCCCCUUUACCGAAGACUGGUACAAGUACACGCUCUGCGCCGGAUGUACUCUCGACAUCGCCAUCGUCUUUGACGGGUCCGCGGGAGCACCCUCCAUUGGCAUCUACUCGGGCUCGGGGUAUGCGCCCGCAAACGCAAUCAGCAACAGAGAGUUCAACAUCACGUACACGGCGCCACCGGCGAGUGUGACCGGCGAGAGUGAGCACGUGUACAUCCUCAUCAAUCACGAUCGCAACAUCCCCGUCGACUACACGGUAACCCUCUCCGUGACAGAGGGAUCACACAGCCUGGACCUCAACGGGUUUACGCUGGUGUUCCAGGGCGACGUGCCCACAAACGAGGGCGAGGCGCGCCGCUUCUCCACGGCCUUUGACGAAGACGCCAUCAUUGCCUCGUACUCGGGCUCCGGUGGCACUGCCCAGGACUGUGCGGAUAUCUGCCUAGAAAACCCCGAGUGCGUCGGUGUUUUCCUGUGGGUGCUGGAAAGCGGUGUGGGCCGCUGCGUCCUUCUCAAUGACCUUGGCACGGAAGAGGGUGCUCCUACUUCCUCCUACUCGUACAGCUUUCGCCGCGAUCAGCAAGACGACCCCACGUCGCUUGAAGGGUUUGAGCUGGUGUUCCAGGGCGACGUGCCCACGAAUGAGGGCGAGGCGCGCCGCUUCUCCACGGCCUUCGACCAGAGCGCCAUCAUCGACACGCUGGUUGCGGGGCCUGAGGACACCUCGCAGGACUGUGCGGACGCAUGCUUGGCUGUGGCGGAGUGCGUUGGAGUGUUCCUGUGGGAGCUGGAGAGCGGUGAGCGGCGGUGCUCCUUGCUGAACGACGUUGGCACCCCUGCCGGCACGCCCACCUCCACCCAUUCUUACAGCCACCGCGUGCAGGCGGCACAAGACGACCCCACGUCGCUCGAAGGCUUUGAGCUGGUGUUCCAGGGCGACGUGCCCACGAAUGAGGGCCAGGCGCGCCGCUUCUCCACGGCCUUCGACCAGAGCGCCAUUAUUGCAUCCUACUCGGGCUUCGGUGGCACUCCGCAGGACUGUGCGGAUAUCUGCCUGGAAGACCCCGAGUGCGUUGGAGUGUUCCUGUGGGAGCUUGAGAGCGGUGAGCGGCGGUGCUACCUGCUGAACGACCUCGGCACGCCCGAGGGCACGCCCACCAGCUCGUAUUCGUACAGCCACCGCGUGAUUGGCGCGGGGGGCGACCCGCGGUCGCUGGAGGGCUUCACGCUGGUGUUCCAGGGCAACAACCCUGGCAACCAGGGCGUGGCGCGCCGCUUCUCCACGGCCUUUGACGAGGGCGCCAUCAUCGACCGGUUCUCUGGCGGCGCGACUGCGCAGCCGCAGGACUGUGGAGACGCCUGCCUGGCUGUGGCGGAGUGUGUUGGAGUGUUCCUGUGGGAGCUGGCGAGCGGUGAGCGGCGGUGCUACUUGCUGAACGACCUCGGCACGCCGCAGGGCGUGGUCACCUCUGGCGACUCGUACUCGCACGCGCGCGACCAGACGGUGACGACGCCGGAGGGGUAUGCGCUGGACUACGCGGGCGCGGUGCCGGGAAACACUGGCUCGACGCUUCGCUUUUCCACGGCGUUUGAUGUUGGCGCGCGGCUGCAGGUGGUGCUGAACGAGUCGCCGGAGACGUGUGCUGCCGCGUGCGACGCGAACCAGGCAUGCGCGGGCAUCUUCUACUGGAUUGUGCACGUGGGUGACGUGCGGUGCUACCUGCUGUCGUCGCUGGGGACGGCUGCGGCGACGAGCAGCGCGUCGUACAGCUUCCGCCGGGUGUCGACGCCGGCAGCGUACGUGCCACCGGCCGGGUACGUUGUGCAGCACAAGGGCGACACGUUUGACAACGCGGCUGGGCCCAAGCGCCGCUUCACCACGGCGUUUGACACGAGCGCGCGCAUUGACACGGUGAACAUGGCUGUGCGCGACGACGGGCAGGCGUGUGCGGCGCAGUGCAACAUGACGAGCGCGUGCCUUGGCUUCUACUACUGGGCGCGUGCGUCGAACCUGUACACGUGCUACCUGCUGUCGGACCUUGGCCUGCCGGAGGGGGUGGUCACCUCUGGCAACUCGUACUCUGUUGCCAAGCUGGGCGUGUCAGCGUCUGUGCCGGGGUACGAGCUGACGUUUGAAGGCGACACGGGCACGAACAGCGGUGAGCUGCGUCGCUUCUCCACGGCGUUUGAUGCCGGUGUGCGCGUGGCCAGCGUUCCGAAUGCGGACCUUGUGGCGUGUGCGUCGGCCUGCGACGAGUCGACGCUGUGCCUUGGCUUCUUCCACUGGACCAAGUCUGCCAGUGCUACGGAGUGCUGGCUGCUGUCUGACCUGGGCACGCCUCAGGGCAUUGUCACAGGCACAAACUCCUACAGCUUCACCAAGCUGCUGCCUUGA